AUGGCGGAUAUGCGUCGAAAGUUCGCCAUGAAACGAAAAGUGGACCGUCUCGAGCAAGCAGAAGAUACCUUGCUACGUUUAUUAGGAGCCAUACGCGAGAGCGAAAAUACACGUGUUGCACAGUUGUUGAACUUGAUUCGGAGCAACGCUUCAUUCGAUGAGAUUGCGAUUUUCUUAGAGCUGCAGUUCUCUCGCACUGAAAUCGAAAGGUCACCCGAGUUGCGCGAGUUCCAGAAUCAGCUCACCCGGCCCUCUGACGAUGACAACGAUGAAGCUGAGGAACGUAAUAUGCCCCGAAUUCCUAGACGCAUGCUUGAAGUCCGCCGGCUCGUCGACAUACCCGUAUACAAAGUUCCCGCGAAGCCGUGGACGACGGUUACCGAUGACGACGAUCUCGUGUCGCACCUAGUGUCUUUGUGGUUGACGUGGACCUACCCAUGGUUUGACUGGCUAGACAAGGACGCCUUCAUCCGCGAUAUGCAGGCAGGUGAUGUGAAUUGUCGGUUUUGUUCGCCUUUUUUGGUGAAUGCCAUUCUUUCGGAGGCGAGUUAUUACUCCGACUACGCCGACGUGUUCACUGUCCCCGGGGAUAUGUACUCUCGCGGCAACCACUUCUACGAAGAGGCUCGUCGGUUGCUCGAGGCAGAGGACAAUGGUGUUCCCAACAGCAUCCCGACGAUACAAGGUCUCCUAGUGCUAUUUAUUCGCCUUGUGUUGAUGGGUAAAGACCGGGUUGGAUGGGUGUAUAUGGAUCUCGCCAUGCAAGCGGCGAAGGAAUAUACCGCGUCACACCCACCUCGAGUAGCCCAAACGGAAUCGGCUCGGCGAGUUGAAAAUGCGAUUAACCGAACGCUUUGGGGGGCUUUUAAUAUUUCUUCCACCGCAACGGUGUCCCUGAUGAAACAUAUAGAGAUUAACCCCCCCUCCCGACCGCGUGUCCCCAUCGACCAUGAGGACCGUCACGAUGUAUGGUCUCCUUAUCCUCGACCGAUGGAGCCGGUGCGGGCACACCAUAAUUGUGUAUUUGACCGGUGGUGUGACCUUUGUUGUAUCACGAUCCGAAUCAGCAGAGCCCUUCAUGACCCUGAGAACAGUCCGCCUCAGAGUGAAAUCCCGACCAUUAUCAAUGACAUAUACCAGCAGCUGCUGGGGUGGCACGCGAAUCUACCGGAAUGCUUACAACUAGAGUCUGCCGAAGUCCCGCAUGUUUUAAGCCUGCACUUAUUUUACCACACCACUGUCAUGCAGAUAUUCGGAUUCCUCCGAUCUAACGGCGGCACUUUAUGUCCAGAGACCGCAAAGAAUGCCCAGGACCUCUGCCUCUCAACCGCCAGGCGGAUCCCCCACAUCCUUGGCACCCACCGCGAGAAAUGGGGUAUCGACCGCAUGGCCCCCUCUACCGUUCAGUGGACAAGCAUCGGUCUUUUCACUCUUCUCGAAGCACUCGACGUCCUUGAAAACCGAAAGGCCUUCGUUGAACUGUGCAUCUUCGCCCGGGCGAUGUCUCGCCGUUUCGCUCUAGCAAAGGGCAUCAUGCGCAUGAUCCAGGUAACCGCCAAACAGAUGGAGGUAAACUUACCGGAGGAAACGGACGCUCUAUUCGUGGAUUUCGAGACAGAGACUUGGCGUGAUAGGGAUGCUCAGGAGUUUAGCAGCUUUUAUCCACAUUUCUCAACCGUGAUCCGGCAGGGAAAGUCUCGACCUUCCGAUGUAAGUAUGGAUCGGUUCCUGGAGAAAUGGGAUAAUUUCAGUAUUGUCCAAAAAGAACCCAAGAAGGAGGAGUAG